AUGUCGGCAUCCACUAGCGGCGGCGGAUCGCUCUCGCCCCAGGCGGCUGCAGCGCUCCAGGAGGGUAUCGGGCUGGUGUUCGGGCGGUGGACGGCGCUGCAGAUGGCUGUGGAGAACGAGUGGGGCGGCCCCGACUCCCGCGCCAAGGCCGACCAGCUCGCCGCGUCCAUCCUCUCCUGGUUCACCAACUCCAAGGGCCCAUAUUAUUAUGAGGACUUGGAGGAUAUGAUGUUUGACAGAAUAUAUAAAUCCCUCAAUUCUAACUUUGCGGAUGGUAGCAUUAGGGAGGUUGCUGAACAAUUUUUUAUGAUGCAUGAAGAAUGCCUGGAAAACAACUUUUCAUCGAUUGAGAAAUUAAGGAAUACACGUCCUCAAGGAAAUGUUGUUUCCCAAAGUAGACAGAUGGUAACCGAGGAGGAUGAUGAUAGCUCGGACGAUGGUGAUGAGCCAUCAAUGGGGGAAGAUAAAGCAGCUAGAUCAGAUGAUAUGGCAGUAGAUCAGCCAAAACCUUCCAAGCCUACCCCUGGUGCUGAUGGGUGGACUGUUGUGCAUCCUAGGCGUGGCCAAGGCAAGAAUUAA